CGGAAGCGACCUUGCAUGAGAGGAAACACACGAGCAAAUUUAUUUUGUAUAACCUGGAAGCCGCUUCAUAUGACAUUUGCUUUCCUACUCCGAACAUAAUGAAUAGAUAUAUACUGCCUGUAUCGGUGGUGGGGACAGUAGUUGGAUGUGGUGUUCUGUUAAAGGAUUAUGUUACUGGUGGCACGUGUCCAAGUAAAGCCAAGAUCAAAGGGAAGACUGUUGUCAUCACCGGCGCAAAUACAGGAUUAGGAAAAGAGACUGCUAGGGAACUGGCCAAGAGAGGGGGAAGGAUUAUUAUGGGAUGUCGGGACAUGGUGAAGUGCGAGGCGGCCGCCAGGGAGAUCCGCGGACAGACGCUGAACAGCCACGUGCACGCCCGCCAUAUUGACCUGGCCUCCAUCAAGUCCAUCCGCGAAUUCGCAGACAGGAUCAACCAGGAGGAGGAGCAUGUGGAUAUACUGAUAAACAACGCAGGGGUAAUGAGGUGUCCAAACUGGAAGACUGAGGAUGGCUUUGAAGUGCAGUUUGGGGUGAACCACUUGGGCCACUUCCUGUUGACGAACCUGCUGCUGGAGAAGCUGAAGAGCUCCGCCCCCAGCCGGGUCAUAAACCUGUCCUCGCUGGCGCACAUCAUGGGCGAGAUGGACUUCAACGACCUCAACUGGGAGAGGAAGAAGUACGACACCAAGCAGGCCUACUGCCAGAGCAAACUGGCCAAUGUGCUGUUCACCAGGGAACUGGCCAAGAGGCUGCAAGGUUCUGGGGUGACGGUGAACGUGCUGCACCCUGGGGUGGUGGCUACAGAAUUGGGGAGACACACCGGCUUACACCAGUCCGCAUUCUCCAGCUCAGUCCUCAACCCAUUCUUCUCCCUGCUGGUGAAGACUCCCCAGCAGGGGGCGCAGCCCAGCGUGUUCCUGGCGGUGGCGGAGGAGCUGGAGGGCGUGUCGGGGCGUUACUACGACGUCCUGCGGGAGAAGGAGCCGGCGCCGCGGGCGCUGGACGAGGACGCCGCCCGCAGGCUGUGGGAGGUCAGCGCGGCGCUGGUGGGGCUGGAGCGGGCAGAGGCCACGCCCACCGAGGAGACCGCGCGCCAGGCCACGCCCCCUCCCCAAAAACACCACCCCGCGCCUCUCCCUGCAGUCCCCCAGCAGGCCUGAACUCCACCCCAGGACUGAACAGAGAAAUGCCUGGGAAAGUGCCAGAACAGUAUGGAGUUAUAAAAAUAUUAGCCUCACUCAUCAGGUUCAUAACCUUGUGAGUCUGACUUGGCUGCUCAUAACAGUAUGGUACUGCGAGCCUGACCAGAUUGAUGCUCAUAAGCGAGGGAGUAGGUCCACCCAGCCUCCGUGGAUGUGCUAUGCCAGACCAGUGGUCAGCUACUUCUGACAAAUCGGACAGAUCUUGUGCAGGCGGGAGGUACAGGUGGAGCCGUCGAUUCAAGCUGACUCAACCACUGACCGAUUAUAAUGCGCUGGCUAAAGCUACCCCCGAGCUCAGAGUAUGAAAUCGUGGGCCUCGAUAAAAGGGAGGAAAGCUCGCUUCUACUUCAGGUUUGGCUCUUGUAAUGGAAAUGACACCGCAUACCAAGCAAGGCCUUGCCUGAAUGGAAAGGUUUGAGCUUACUUGUAGAACACAGUUAAUCUACGAUGGAUAACAAGCGUCCAAAUAAUCGGUAUCUGUACCUUUUGCGUAUUGGAAACGGUUGUUGAUCUUGGUUUGUUAAACUGCCCUUUUCAAUUUGUGCCUUCUGCUAAAUAUGUAAAUAAUGCUUGUCAAAUAUAUGAAAGCGUAUGGAAUAA